GUGAAAGCAGUGAAUACCGUCAGUCAAUCGGCGCACCCAGCAAGAAGAUUUUACAUAAGUACGUUUAAUGAUUACUUCCCUCGGAUAUCGUGGCUGUGCAGACACCUCUAUCUCGUGGAGAUAGACGCGACGGUUAUCCGCAGAGAAUCUCAACAGUCCUCCAUCGGAGCGGCAGAGGCAAAUACUGCACCGCGAAUACCCCCUGUACAUGUCGGCUACCUCUUAUCAUGACCCUGGUUGGCGCUAGAUGAUCCAACCCGUAUACAGAACUGACACUCGACCGUUCUGUCCAUGAUCGACGCGGGAUAUUACUGUCUUACCAGACAUACCAGCCAAGACACCAACAUUUUCGACCGUCGCACGGGACACGGAUGAUAGCGUCAGCGUUGACCAGGCCCUCUCUCGCACCUCCGCAACAGGUACUUCGGCGUAGCCAUCAGCCCUCUCCAUGCAUGUCUGGGUCCAUCUCGAAGAUAGCUGUGGGGUACAGACAAGGCCGGUCUGUGGCUUAUUCCUCCGAGCGCCACCAUGCAUGCGAGCGGCACGAAGGGCCUUUUUCCACGAGUUGGGAGUGUUUCAAAGUGGACGGCACGAGGCGUCCAUGCUGCCACUGGCCGUCGAUGUUGAAAGAAAAGGGCGGGUGCCGGUCAGACAUUCGAAAUGAGUAGGUCGUGGACUGGAUCGACGACGCGAAGAAAAUUCUUUCAGCUACCUGUACAGCCCCAGAGGCACGGCAACGUUGUCCAGAUGGCGAUUCACCCAGGCAUGCCCUGUCUCGCGGCUGGGUCACACCCCACUGCUGGGGACCCAGGACGGGCUCUAGACAUUCUUCGGGUCAGAGCCUGGAGGCAAAUCUUGUCGCGCAUGGAAUUCCCUCGGGUAUUUUGAGUACCUGGGGCGUCGACGGCUGAGC